CCAGUCGACUGAUUCAAGUUUAGGUUGAGCUCAAACUUUCAUGUGCGCUUGCGCAGUUCAUGUGUCGCCAGCCAUUACGGGAAGUUCAUUGCGUGAACUGCGACGGGAGAUAUUUUUGUUGAGCACACUCAAAUGUUUGCGUUGAUAUGCCGAUGGUUUCCAAGCUAACGUCUGCCUUUAGGACUUGGAUCGGCUCUGACGGUUCCCAGUCGAGUCCUGUGCCCAGAAAACGGACUUGGGCGAGCACCAACAAGCAGCAUGCUGAGCAGGAUAUUCUGGAAACACCAGAGCCUAAACGAAUCAAACACAACCACGAAAAUGUCACCAGCCCCAUUGGCAAGAUGGCCAAUUGGAUAAAGCAGAAGGCGUCAACAUUUGGUGAGAACUACUUCUUCCGUCCUGUCGGCAUGCAGAAUGGCUACGACAACCACAUGGUGAAUUCAAGCCACGAACCUCAAGAGGCCAACACCAAACCGGACCUGAGGCGACGUCCUAUACAGCGAUCGCCGAUGGCAACCACCUCCAAGGACCCCAUCAUGGGGAAGACUACUCUUCAGGAAGAUGGACAAAAGCUUCCAAAUGGCCCAGAUGUUAGGAGGAAAGAUAACCACUCGCUACGCGGUGGGGACAGUGGCUCCAGCCCUAAGCCAGUCCAACAGUUCACAGACGCGCCUCCUUCCUUCUCCAGUCACAGCAGUGCAUCAAGCAAAGCAAGGAACCAAUCUAGAGCCAAAGACAGACAAACAAUAUCCACUCAUGCAAACCAUUCGUCGCAGAGCCAGGCACCGUCAUCCACCCUCCCCUCAUCAACAAUAGCUCCUCCCACAGUCGGCCGAUCUUACACCUCGGUCAACGAGAAGCUUUUCUCGCGACCUCCCAUCAGACAAAGCAGUGUAUCAUCCGACGGGAGUCGAUCCCAUUCCACUGCUACCGAGUGUGUACGCUUGGAUCAACUGCAGCAAUACCAGCAGCUAUUACAGCAAUUCACAACGGCCAAUGUCAGUGUGCUCAGCCCCACAAGCAGCAGCAUACGAGUCAGGAACAGCGGCACACGGGAAACGACAAGAUACUUGGCUAAACGCACACAGCAGGAGUCGACAGAGCUGGGUUCGGUCAUAGAGAGACCGCGAAUCCCCGCCAACAGAAGCCUCCACAGAACCAGGGUCCUACCGCACCAGUACGAGAGCCGACAAGAGGUCCGAGAAGCUGCCAGGCAACGGUUGCAUGCCCCUGUAACUGACCUCAGCCCAAGUGCUACGCCCUACACCAGCAGACAUACAGUGGCGACACCCGGACAACCAGAUUUCAGCGUUCGAUCGGAGUCUCCAAUCAUAGUGUCAAUUAAGCCUGCCCCGCAGCGCUCCGCCUCACGCGACUUGUCGCAGAUGACAUCCUUUGAGCGGAGUCUAACAGCCACACCGUGUGCAAUGACUGACUGGGUCAAAGAUUUGAAAGAGCGUUUUGAGAGCAGUGUUAGGUUACAGCACAGAAACAUUGAGAGGGAGAAAGCUGCACUUAGUCUUUACAAACAGCAAAGAGAUGAACAGGCUGCAAGGGUGUCCAAAAAGAUCACAGAAGACAUGAAAUUGGCCGAGCGGAGGGUGGCCGUCAUUGAGGAACCCCCCACCCCGGAGGUAUCGGAAGAGGAAGACGUGGAAGAAAUCGAAGAAAUCGAAGAUGAAGAGGAGGAGGAGGCAGAAGAAGAAUUGCCCGAGAUCACCGACGACAUGAGGGCGGAGAUUGAAAAUGCCCUCCGGCCAACGCCGUCCAGCCAGGUGCUUGUGGAGGGCUUCCGGAUACAGCUCACACGCAACGACAUGCACACGCUGUACGGCCUGAAUUGGCUCAACGAUGAGAUCAUCAACUUCUACAUGAGCAUGUUGGUGGAGAGAGGCGGGGAGCUAGGCCAGACCAAGCUGCACUGCUUCAACACUUUCUUCUACCCCAAGCUGUUGAAGGAGGGGCACGCCGGACUGCGGAGGUGGACCAAGAAGACAGACAUCUUUGCCAAGAACAUGAUCCUGAUCCCAAUACAUCUAGGGAUGCAUUGGUGCCUGGCUAUCAUUGAUUUCCGGAAGAAGAGCAUUGAAUAUUUUGAUUCAAUGGGUGGAGAGAACAAGCAGUGUUUGAAUGCACUGUGGGACUACUUGAUUGCUGAGCACCGGGACAAGAAGGGCUCACCCUACGACAUGACGGGAUGGAGGAGCUCAUGCCGGAGGGACAUCCCACAACAGCUGAACGGCAGCGACUGCGGCAUGUUUGCCUGCAAGUUUGCCGACUACAUCAGCAGGGAUAAGAAGAUCACGUUCACACAGCACGAUAUGCCUUACUUCAGAAAACGGAUGGUCUGGGAACUCCUGCACAAGAAACUACUCUGAACAACCAAUGGCUGAACAAGGGACAAGAAAUCUUCAGGUUACAUCAAAUAGUCAUUUACAGUCAAGAUAUUUUCUAGGAAAGUAAGCAUUAUUUAUUUCACUUCUUAGCUAAGCGCAAGUUAGCCUGUGAAUUUCGACUGCAUAUUUUUUUAAUUGAAAAGGACCCAAAGCAAAGAUGCUACUUUUCCACAUUUUCUUUCUUUUCUUUUGUCCAUCUAAAAUUUGUCCGACGAGACAGUGUAAAUAUGUAAAUACAUACAAACAAGAGCUGUAUAAGACACUUGAUCAAAUGUGAUUAAUUGACAACAAGUGUUUCAUUAAAGUUAUUUUGAAAACUCCAGAAGUGCAAAUUUAGGAAAGGGCCAGUUGAAAUAUUUUCAAGAUGUAGUUUUUGUCUUGAAAAUAGUUUGUGGUACCUGCUGCUUCACCUGACUCGGACCGGCCAGUCGACCCCGGCAAGCUUGCUGGUCCAGUGGUUAACCACUUCCUGCCGGGGACUCCCGAUCCGGACACUUAUGUUUGUUUAUGACACGUUUGUUAUGACCAGGCUGCUGGGCAUUACCAACAUUUUUUCACUCUCAAAAGUGGAGAUAAUCCAGCCUUGUUUUGAAACAGUA